GAGCAACCCAGUCAUGCUGGACUUCGCCAUCUUCGCUGUGACGUUUGUCAUCAUUUUAGUCGGCGCUGUUCUUUAUUUGUACCCGUCAUCCAGGAGGGCUUCUGGGAUCCCAGGUCUCUACCCUACAGAUGAGAAAGAUGGGAACCUGCAGGACAUCAUCAACAAAGGCAGCCUGCACGAGUUCCUGGUCAGUCUGCAUCAGGAGUUCGGAUCGGUGGCGUCGUUCUGGUUCGGGGGUCGUCCAGUAGUCAGCCUAGGCUCUGUGAAGCCCUUACAGCAGCACAUCAACCCCAACCACACCACUGACUCCUUUGAGACCAUGCUGAAGUCGCUGCUCGGUUACCAGUCGGGGACGGGCGGGGGCGGCAACGAGUCAGUGAUGAGGAAGAAGCUGUAUGAGAGCGCCAUCAACAACAGCCUGAAGAACAACUUCUCUGUUGUGCUCCAGGUAGUGGAAGAGCUGGUGGGAAAGUGGAUCUCGUUCCCGGAGGCCCAGCACAUCCCGCUGUGUGCCCACCUGCUGGGUCUAGCUUUGAAGACUGUCACCCAGCUGGGUCUGGGGGAGCCCUUCAAAGAUGACGCCAAAGUUAUUUCCUUCCGCAAGAACCAUGACUCGAUCUGGUCAGAAAUCGGAAAGGGUUACAUGGACGGUUCUCUGGAGAAGAGUUCCAGUAGAAAAGCUCAUUAUGAGAAGGCUCUGUCAGAGAUGGAGUCCAUGCUGCUGUCUGUGUCGAGGGAGAGGAAAGGCCAGAGGUCGCAGACGGUGUUUGUGGACGUUCUCCUUCAGUCCAACCUCACAGAGCAGCAGAUCAUGGAGGACUGUAUGGUUUUUACUUUGGCUGGAUGUGUCAUCACCGCUAACUUGUGCAUCUGGGCGCUUCACUUCCUGUCCACCUCAGAGGAAGUCCAGGACAAGUUGUACCAGGAGCUAGAGGACGUUUUGGGUUCAGAUCCAGUUUCUCUGGACAAGAUUCCUCAGCUCAGAUACUGCCAACAGGUCCUGAACGAGACGGUCCGGACCGCCAAGCUGACCCCCGUUGCUGCUCGGCUUCAGGAAGUGGAGGGCAAAGUGGAUCAACAUGUCAUCCCCAAAGAGACGCUGGUGAUCUACGCUCUGGGAGUGGUGCUGCAAGAUCCAGACACGUGGAGCGCUGCGUACAGGUUCGAUCCGGAUCGAUUUGAGGAACAAUCAGCCAGGAAGAGCUUCUGCCUGCUCGGCUUUUCUGGGAAUCAAACGUGCCCAGAACUCCGGUUCGCCUACACCGUAGCUACAGUUCUUCUCAGCACGCUGGUGCGGCGGCUGAAGCUUCACCAGCUGAAGGGACAAGUGGCGGAGGUCCGAUCCGAGCUGGUGUCCACACCCAAAGAAGAGACCUGGAUCACCGUCAGCAGCAGAAGCAGCUGAAAACAGUCCGCUAAGAGGAAGGAGCUGACGAGUCGUGCUGUAAGAGAGCGCCAGUACGAGUUGAGUUACCGAACUGGUUUCUGCUCCUAGUUUGAGAUGAAACUUAUAAUUUUGACUCUUUUCAUCGGGAUGCCCUCAGGUUUUGCAACUUCUGGUUGUCUUUUUGAUGCUUGCAGCUUUCAGUGGCUUUUAACCAAGUACCAACGUAAAACUUGCCAAACUGGCAUUGAUUGAAUCCCAAUACCGAGUUUUUUUUCUGACUAUAAGGUGCACCGGAUUAAAAGGCGCAAUAAAAACAGAUAAAUCAAACUUUAUU